ACAAUGAUAGAUUACAAAAAUGGUAGAAUUUGAAGUUUAAAAUUGCGCACUUCCCUUCCUCGCUCCUCUUUAUCAACCUUCUGUGAGUAAUGGCACCACAAAAUGGGGAGUUCCAGGAAAUGACGAAAACACCCUCGAAUUGAAAACUCUCUCCUCUUUGUCUGAGUUUUGCCAGCCACGUUUCAUGAUUCAUGCAAAUGCGGCAUCCGUAACAGUCGGAAUAUCCUUGGAAACAUGGCCACUUUCCAUCCUUGUUUUUUUAAGAAAGAGAGAGAAAGUGCUUCUUCCCUUUCCCCCAUUUCCUAGAGAGAGAGAGAGCUUUUCAUUGAUCUUGAGAGAGAGAGAGAAGAGUGGGGGGCGAGAAAGUGGAGGUGGGGGGGAUGGAUUGACCUACGGUUAUCCAAACAAACAUUGCACGCUUUGCAAACUCACCAUCAUUCAAAGGAUUUGGAUUCGUUUUUCUUCUCAAUCCUGACCCCUUUCUCCUCCCCUUCUCUCUCUCUCUCUCUCUGUAAGACCCAUGCAUGCAAUCCCUUAUUCCUCUCUUCUUUAAGAGGCAAGGUUUAAGGGUGGAGCCUUUCCAUUUUAGAAGCAAGGUAUAUAGCCAUGUAAAUAAAUCCUUUUUCCAUUAAAAUUUCUUCUUGGGUUCUUCAAGAAAUGAGAUUCUGAGAAUUGGGUGUUGCAGUAACUUGGGAUUUCCUUUUAGUUUUCAUUGAAUUUUCUUAUUGGGCCGUUCGAGAAAUGGGUUUCUAGAGUGGGCGCACUGGAGAAAGAAGAAGAGUGAGAAGAGGGUAUUCCGAGUUCGUUUUGAAAAUGGUUUCGGGUACACUAAGGUUCGUGGUUAGGCAGAGGCAUAACCAGGGUGAUUCUGGUUAUGCUUCAAGUAGUGAUGACUUAGAGGAAAAUUCACCAUUAUCAUUGAAUGAUCCAGAGCCCAAGCUUGACAGGUCUCGCCCAUGGAUUCAUUUUAUGGAGAAUUUCUUGUGGUUGGCCUCUGCAGCAUUCAUCCUCUACUAUGGUGACCGUCGCUCCAAUUUCAUAUAUCUUGUAUGCCAUGACGAGCGGAUCAAGAGGACAGCAUUGAACCUGGGGUUGGCAUGCCUAGUUCUCAUCGUUGGAAUCAUGUCGUAUAUGGCAGUUCUUAUGCGUGAGAAAGGAAGAGCAGAUGAGAGGUUGGACCUUUUGCCACCCUUUGCUUUACCCACCAUGGCUGUACUUGGACUCCUCUCCUUUCUUUUGUUUUCUGUUGCCCUAUGGCCCAUUUGGAGUUUCUUGACCCUGCCUCUACUGUUGACUCUAUAUGUGGCCUUAACAGUGGUUUCGCCAUACACUCCUUUCGCAAACCUCAGAUCGCAUGCUGAAAUGAUGCGUGCUGAUUAGUUUUGCUGGAGAGCAUAUGACUUUUUUGGGUUGAAGUGUUGAUAUCAUAUUGGAAGUCAAGAUAGUUUCAGUUGACAAGAAGCUUCUACGGAGGGGUCGAGGUGUCUGUUUUUUGAUGAAGAGUGGGUUUUGAGUUGUCAAUUGAAUCGAUGCAUUUGUUUGGCUUCAUGAAGUUGCUCAUGAAGACAGCGAGUGGUUUAUUCAGAUUGCAGUUUGGAUCGGAGUCUGAUGAAGCACAAUUUUGCAUUGGUUAGGGGGGAGAGAAAGAAGACAUGGA